AUGAUUGAUGAGUGUCAGAAGAUACAAUCUUCUGUAAUAAAUAUGCUGAUUGAUAUCAAUCACGGUCAUAUAAAUACUGACCUUCUUACACCAUCCCAACUACAAAAAGAACUAUUACACAUAGAAAACGUGUUGCCAAAUAAUUUAGUUCUUCCUGGAAAGGCAACUAGUACUGAACUAAAAGAAGUAUAUCAUGGAAUGAAGGCGAAGGGUACUAUAAUUGAUGAUCGACUAGUGGUUCAGAUAGAAAUACCUUUAAUACAGAAACAUAAUUCUGAGGUAUACGAAAUAAUUACACUUCCUGUGGAAGUUAACAAUAGCGCCGUUAUGCCAAGAGUAAAGGAUGAGUUCAUAGUGUAUAACUUCGCAACUAAUAUGUACUUCCUAAUGUCACAAUCAAAAUUAAAUAUGUGUGAGAAGAGUCUUCAAGGUCAGUACAACUGUAUUGGAAAUAUACCCUGGAAGCCAGCCAUAGAGCGGUCUUGUGAAGUAUCAGCGCUAAAACAAUCCCGGCAUGCUGAAUGUGAAUUUGAAGCUGUCCCAAGGAAAAGUGUGUGGAAGCAGCUUUCUACAGAAAAUCAGUGGAUAUUUACAGUAUUCGACAAUCUAGUAUUAACAGUAGAUUGUGGUCCAAAUAAUCGAAGCUGGGUUAAUUUACCAACAAAAGGUGUACUAAAACUAGCAGAAGAAUGUACAGCAACUUAUGAAGGAAUAACUCUGUCAGCUUCUCGACACUUCGAAUCUAAAGUAAAUUCAGAUAUUCAGGUAUCAACAUGGGGUGUAGAUCCAGACAAAAUAGAAGCUAAGUUGGUAAAAACCGUUUGA